AUGUCCGAUUCAGAGAACGACGUUCCCAGCGACAUUGAGGAAGCGGCUCAAUCUGAGUUAUCUACAAUAAUUCCUAAGAAGUCGAGGAGCAAGAAUGAUUUGGCCUAUGCUAAAUUUGGUCUAUGGUUCGCUUUGGGAUCUUGGACUAAUAAGAAGUAUACAAAUUUACUGGAUUUCUUGAAAGGUCAUUCUGAAGGUUACCAGCCUAAAAAGACGAAAGUUUUCAGUAAAGAAAACAUUGCAAAUUUUCUGAAAAAAGGUUGCGAUGAGCAACGUUUGAUGCACAAGGAGGAAUUUGCUGAAGUAACCAUUCCUAACACAAAGACGAAUGUAUGUCGAGAAUUUGCUAUAGACCGCUGGAGCUUUUGAUGGUAUAAAUUGCAUCGAAAUUGUAAAGAAAUACUUUUUGCUAAGGCCAUCAAAUGAAGCAUGACAGAUUUUUUGUCAAAUAUUCAAAUGGAAGAUGUGGGGUUCAACCUGUAGGUAUCAACACAUUUGGAAAUUUGCCGAAAAUGAUCGCUCAGUUUUCAAAGUUGCCAAAUCCUUGUUUGUAUACUGGUCACUGUUUUCGGCGGUCAUUGACUACUCUCCUUGCGGACUAGAGCUGAUUUGGUGAGAAUCAAACAGCAUGAAGGAUGGAAGUCUAAUA